CAAGUCAAUGUAUGUGCGUGUGCGCGCGCGCGUGUGUGAGGUGUCAAUCAAAGCGGCGGCUUGCCUUUCAUCUAUAUAGUCAGUCAGAGAUCAGGGGGAGGAGUACAGCACUACACUCUCUCCAGCCCAACAUUACUCUCAGUCUCUGCUGAGCUCAUUUCUGAAGAGGGACACCUUUUUACCCAAGAAACCAAACGGGAAUGACACACAGCAUCUGAACUCCAGCACUUUUUUUUUUAGUCGUUUUUUUUUUAACAGUCAGAAUUGUCCUGCGUUCAUCUGAACUUUAACUUCUGACGCUUGCUUUUAAAAACACCCAAGGAACUGUACUUUAACUUUUUAAAACAUUCAGCGCCGCUAUAUUUCAUUUCCCCUCUGGAUUCUCGAGUGUUUCACCGGUCGCGCGCUCUUGCUGCCGUUGACCAAACACUCUCGCGCGUGUUUGGAGUGUGCGAGCUGAAAGUAUACGGGGGUUUCUGUCGCACGCGUUCGCUUUCCGGGCGUUUGUAGGGUGAGGAGGACUUUCAAUCACCCGAGAAAUGCCGCAGUUGUCAGGUGGAGGAGGCGGCGGAGACCCGGAGCUCUGCGCCACCGAUGAAAUGAUCCCGUUCAAAGACGAGGGAGACCCGCAGAAGGAGCAGAUCUUCGCGGAAAUCAGCCACUCCGAGGAGGAGGGAGACUUAGCGGAGAUCAAGUCAUCUCUGGUCAACGAGACAGAAAUCAGUCCCAACAGUAACAAUCACGACGCAGCUAGACAGUCCCAAAUAACACCAGACUCUUACCACGACAAGCACAGGGACCAUCCGGACGAUGGCAAGCACCAAGACAUGUACAGUAAAGGCCACCCGUACCCCAGUUACCCAGGAUACAUCAUGAUGACCAAUAUGAACAAUGAACCCUACAUGAACAACGGCUCUCUCUCGCCUCCCAUUCCCAGAACGUCAAAUAAGGUGCCGGUGGUUCAGCCGUCCCAUGCCGUUCACCCCCUCACCCCUCUGAUCACAUACAGCGACGAGCACUUCGCCCCUGGCCCACACUCGGGACACCACCCACAGGACAUCAACCCCAAGCAAGCAGGUAUGCCCAGGCAUCAUCCUGGACCAGACAUUCCCAAUUUCUACCCCCUCUCCCCUGGGGGAGUUGGACAGAUGACCCCUCCACUGGGAUGGUUCUCUCAUCACAUGGUACCAGGCCCUCCUGGACCCCAUGCCACGGGAAUCCCCCAUCCCGCCAUUGUCAACCCGCAGGUGAAACACGAACCGCAGCACGACACAGACCUGAUGCACAUGAAACCUCAGCAUGAGCAGAGAAAGGAGCAGGAGCCCAAAAGACCUCACAUCAAGAAACCUCUAAACGCUUUCAUGCUGUAUAUGAAAGAGAUGCGUGCCAAUGUGGUGGCCGAAUGCACGCUGAAGGAGAGUGCCGCAAUCAAUCAGAUCCUCGGCCGGAGGUGGCAUGCUUUAUCUCGGGAAGAGCAAGCUAAGUAUUACGAAUUAGCCCGCAAGGAACGGCAGCUCCAUAUGCAGCUUUACCCAGGAUGGUCUGCCAGAGACAAUUAUGGAAAGAAAAAGAAGCGGAAGAGGGAAAAGAUCCAGGAACCUGCCUCAGGAGGAAAACGGACUUCUUUUUCCUCUUGCAAAGCAAAGACAGCAGCUACAGGCCCCCUUUUAGAGAUGGAAGCCUGCUAGACUCCUCAACCUUUCACCCCUUCGUCACCUCUUGACCCCUGCGGAAUAUCCAGAGGGUCCCGGUCCUUGAAUCUGCUCCUCGGCUGCAGGCGCUGCUGUAGAGACGAUGAACUGAGAACAGACAAUCACCAACACAGGCCCUCACGCAGACCCGUGAAUACUCGUUUGAACGUUCCUUUUUUUGUUUUUCUGUCCUGAAUUCACUCCCGAAGCCGAAGGCGUUGCACUGAUUAUGUUCCUCGACCGUUUAUAAAGCGUUCAUACGGCCACAUGUAAACAAACACACACGUUCCUACACCUGUUCCUAAGUUAUUCUAAGUUAUUUGGCACCUAUGUCUCUUCUGUGCGUUCACCAAGUCACUCCCUCACUUCCUUUCGUGCCCCGUAAAAUGUAGCAUCGCGGGGGCCCGACACGCCUCACAACGUUCUAGCGCAACAGUUUAGGGAUCACACGUUCCCUUGGAAACAGUCUCCGUAGGUUGCGUUUUGCAUUUUGACACAUUGGUGCAAAAAGGGUCGAUGAUUUGAUUUCUCCUCAACAUCUUGGGUUCAAGUUUAUUUUGAAUGCUUUGUUUUGUUAUUCUUUAUUUUCAUUUCUCGGUGUAUAUUUUAAGUGAUUUUUUUUUUUUUUUAAUCAUUUUAUAUAUAUAUAUAAUGGUAUAUGAAAAUAAGCUUGGAGACAGGAAAGCCAUUUUUCUUGUUGAAGCGUCUUGCAGAAAUAACAUUUGAAAGUCUUCUUUUUGAUAACUAUUUGUAACGGAUAUUGACUUCUCAGUCUCUACUUGCGCAGAUGUAAAAUAAUGCUCAAUGUGUACUUUUUAAAAAGAGAUGUCUGGAUGUCACUUUUCUUGGUAUUUUUGCAGGCAACAUUAGGACAAAGGUGAAAGAGUAGGUACCCAGAGGCCUAUAUUUUAUUGAUCUAAAUUGUCAAAUGAAGCAGAUAUAUAUCUAUAUAUAUUUACCCCAGCACUUGGCAGUCUUUCUUUAAUUGCAAUGUACCUCUGUCUCUCUGGUAGGUAAUAGAGUGGUCUUUUACCAUGUUUAUUCCAUGCAAACAUUUCCACAUUUUAUUCUUUUUAAUUAUUCUCUUUUAGCAUUUUCAGAUGAUGUUUUUUUUACAUUCAUUGUCAUAUUUUGAAUCGUUAACUUGGUGUAGCAUUUUGCUUCCAAGUGCUCACAUUCGAACUGUUUCAACAUGUCUUUUUUUAUGAAAAUAAAUAGGCAUCUUUGACUGAAAA